AUGGCUUCCAAGGCCUUGCUCAUGUUCAUGCCUUUGGCCUUAGCAAUGGUGGCUAACUGUUCCACCACCGCAACCACGUUCAACAAGACCCUUGCCCAUUUUGGAACCGGUGACGGAGCCUUGUGGACCGUCAACAUCGAAGAUAUCGAGACUGAGACGACGAUGAUGAUGGAUUCCGAGACCAACCGCUGGUUGCGCAACGGUACGAAAAGAAGGUACAUUAGCUAUGAAGCACUAAAAAGAAAUAAUGUCCCGUGCCACCAACAGGGUCGGUCCUACUACGAGUGCAGUACAGGGAAACCGGUUAACCCUUACACACGUGGUUGUACUUACGCUACGCGUUGCAGAAGGUAUACAGCUUGA